CUCCCUCAGAGGUGCCACCAUUACAUCAAAGUUUUUCACCAGAAGACUGGAUCCUGUUGGACGCCAUGGGUUCGGCUCCCCUUCCGGCGUGCACGGGACGCUUCCUUACAAUGCACAAACGACGUCGCAAGAAACUCAUUACCAGGUCCUUACUUCAGGACCAUGCCAUAUUAGAUGAUAUAUCACACGGACAAGUACAGCAUAUCUUAGACAAAGUUAGUUUAUGGGCUUUUAACGCGUUUACUCUGGAGACCGUGGCCGGUGGUCGUUCACUGCCAGUCCUUUGUGUUCAUCUUUUUCACUGGUACGGUCUUUUCGAACAUUUCAAGCUGGAAGUUGUUCACGUAUGGAAACUUUUUACUCUUAUAGAAGAAGGCUACCACAACACGAAUCCGUAUCACAACUCUAUCCAUGCCACAGAUGUCACUCAAGCAAUGCACUGUUUCCUGCAGGAAAACAAGAUCAAAGAACAUCUGCAACCUAUUGAAAUAAUGGCAGCUCUUAUUGGAGCGGUGGCUCACGACUUGGACCAUCCUGGAGUCAACCAAAAUUUCCUUAUACAAACUCAAAAUCAUUUGGCUGUUCUGUAUGACAAUAUGUCUGUGCUGGAAAAUCAUCAUUGGAGAUCUGCAAUUGGCUGUCUAUUAGAAAGUGGAGUCUUGGAUCAGUUAAUAGCUUAUAAGGAAGAACUAGAAGAACAAAUAAGGGAGCUAAUUUUGGCUACAGACAUCAAUAGACAGCAAGAGUUUUUAACGAAAUUUAAGAAACAUCUAGAUGAGGAUACGUUAGACCUGACGGUGGCCGAAAAUAGACUGUUCAUACUGCAAAUAGCACUCAAGUGUGCUGACAUUUCCAAUCCUACCAGACCGUGGGAAAUUUCCAAAAAGUGGAGCCUAAAAGUCUGUGAUGAAUUUUUCAGGCAGGGAGAGUACGAGCGUCAAUUGAACCUUCCUGUCACUCUUAUGUGUGAUAGGCAGUCGACUACAGUUGCGAAAAUUCAAACAGGUUUCUUUGAGCAUGUUGUCGCGCCUCUUUUUUCGGAAUGGCACCGGUUUCUUGAAAGUACACUCUCAUCGCACAUGAUGGAACUUUUGGACGCGAACUGGAACCGUUGGAAAACGCAAAAGGAAGCUGAAAUGGCUCAAGAAACUCAGACCGAGCUGUCAGACACCGAACCUGGCGAUCUCGAUGUUUCUAUAGCGACCCGUAGCAGUAGUAAACAGAAAUUCUCUCUCGACAUUCCUUCCGUCACCGACUUCAUUCAACCAUCACAAGCAUCUCAAACAGGUUAUCGAAGACAAUCACUGGCUGUGCCCACACUGGAGUCGCAACUCGGGGUACGUCGUCAUUCGGUUCCCGUUCAUGUUGAGCUCCAGUUACCCCGCACCAUUUAUCGUCGCGAAAGUUUACCCCAAGCACCCAACAAUCAUCAUCAUCAUCACAGACAUAGUUCGUCGGGACGGUCCACCGUCAGUCCAGUUUUUAGCGGCGAUUCGCGAACUUCCAGUGCUGGACAUUUACGCGAAGAAGACGAACUGCUCGAGCUGGCUUUCGGUUCACAAACUUCCCUACUGUCUUCCAGCAGUGACAGACAACACUCAUCAGAGGAUCAGGUAGAACGUCCGUUGAGUGCGGAGAAUCUCUUGCCAGAACCAAACAUAGCAUCCAUGACAAGCAGCAACGGUGCCGCGGCGAAGUUAUCGUCGGUGUUGCACGGCUCCGCGCCUCCGACCAAAGCCCUCACAAGGCAGCAGACUUUCCCACCUCCUCAACCGUACGUGCGCAUGCGUUACAUGUCUGCCACUGUCGAGAUGACCACCUGCCCAGAAUCCGCUCAAGAAGGUACAUCUGACUCAUCAGUAAGUAGUUCUCGAGAGCACAUAUCAUCCACGUCCACCACUGCUGUUUGUGUUACGCAACACAACGUGAUCCCCUCCAUAGCCGUACUAAGUCCGAAUAAUGGUAAGAGUCCCGAUUCCCAAGUACCUGAACUAACCCUGUCUCCCAUCUCAUCGUCUCCUAUGUCGUUGGUUUCGAAAACGUCUUCUUCAACGUCCAGUUAUAAACGAGAACAAGAGAACGUAUUUGAAAAGGAAAAGGCAUCGAAAUUGCCAAAGCUUUCUGAUACGGAACAGAAACAGGGGAAGGAAAAUUUAGACCCCAGACUGACUUCUUCGAAUAUGUUAAGAAGGGGUUCGGCACCUGUACCUUUUGUGCCAUUAAACGAAAGCGACCCUGCUGGCAGGGUUUUGCGUUUACCUGAUACACAUACGUUAAGAAGGGGUUCGGUGCCAACUGAAGCAGUUAGACUUUCAAUUCAAAAAGAAAAAAACGAAACUAUAGCAAGUCCAUCUACGUCGACGGUGGAACCAUUUCCUCGUUAUCAACCCCAAAGACGCGGAUCCGCCCCUACGGAUCUCCCUCACCCGUCGUCGUUGAUUUCCGGAUUUGGUGGGGGCGGUGGUGCCUCUAGCGGUGCAGGAGUCAGUUGCAUGCUAACACGUCACGUGAGCUUAAACGGUAAAGCUUGCGCCAGUCGUAGAUCGAAGAAGCAUCAGCUGCACCGACGCAGCUCGGGCGGGCCCGAGACUGUGUGCUUGGGCGGAAAUGGACCAGACGGCGGAACAUCCGCUGGAAGUGGAGCCGAAUCGUCCUGUGCACGUGUAAUGCUGCUCCGCCAGCCCGACAACAACGCCGACGUGCUGCUGGCCCGGCGCCGAGGCUCCUUGCCCAUUGAGGUUUUGACUGUUGGACAUUCAGUAUGUUGACGGUGAAAUUCACUGUGUGGACCACACCGUCCGACAUGCAAUAAGGACCAACUCUCAGCGACUGAUGCAUCCUCCUCUUCUUCUUCCUCCAUCUUCAUAAACUAAGCUCAUUAUUUAUAAUAAUAAUUAUAAUAAUAAAUAAUAAUAAUCAUCAUCGUAAGUGAAGCCAAAAAAAAAAAAGAAAAAGGAAAAUAACAAUUAUGAAUGUUGUACUUGUCACGAUGAUACUACCUACCACUUAUUCGAGUAGGAUCCUGUGUUAUGAAUAUUAUGUGUGUGACGAUAGCUAUCUUUCCAUCGGCAUUAAGUAAGUAAGUAGAUGUUUUAGAAGACGACCUUUUAUUUAUUUUUUACCAGAGUGUGAGUUGUGUUAUUUCGCGUAAGUACGUUUUGAGCGCGCAAAUAUAUUUUUUACUUCUUAUUUUCUAACAACAUUGUAUGGUCCAUCAAUUCUCCAUUACGAUAAAAAGUUUAAACCAUUCAAUUCAUUUGUCAAAAAAAUAGAGAAAAACAAGAAAUUGUGCUACAGUAAAUGUAAAAUACACCCAAUUCUGUUUUUACAUGUUUUUGGUUUAAUAUGAAUUUAAAAAUAAAUUUAGUUCUUAUUUUACAUUACAAUAUCUAUCUAAACUUUAAGAAUUUGUUUUAAUAAUUUGCAUCACAUUACAUCAGAAAAAAAAAACAAGAAAUAUUAUGACUGAAGAACUAAAGCACAUUAUUAUUUGAACCAUUCUGGAAUUAUUCUUACGAAAUUACCUUUCAGCAAUAUAUAAUUUUUUCGUAAUUAAAUAGAAUUACAUGCA